AUGGGUACGACUACAGAGCGUCGCGUGUCAGCCACAGCUGUUGGCAUAGACCAAAGCACCUCUGCAAAACCUUUCAUCCCCCCAAGUCACCCAAAGUCGCUGGCUCUUCCACCCCCACCGACAAUUCGAAAAUCGAAGAUGGUACGACUGAAGCUCACCAAGCCAAGGCCAGCUAAAAGGGAUCCCAAAGAGGUGGACUGGGACGAGGACCUCCGCCCAACGCCCAUUGCGCUAGACGGGGACCAGGCAGACCAUGACCCAACCACUGACGCCCACACGGACCCCAAAAAAGCGAAGAACAAUGGCAAGGCAGGAAGAAAGCGUGCAAGCCCACUGAGACGACAGACAACCUCAGUCAAGCGCAAGAAGCCAAACGUGUCCAAGAGCACCUCAGGAAAACGAGCGAAUGAAAUCCCACAGCUGCCCUUGAUCACUGUCGCUAAAGGUGCGCUCGCAUCUACCAUUGAACAAGAAAAGCCAUCUGUUCCCCCUCACUCCAAUGACCAAAGUAAUGCGGCCACGAAGAACAAGGUGGAUCUGCCAGAGGCUUCUCACCAGACAUCGCCUCCAGCAGAUGGCCCAAUGCCAGCUAUGAAAUACCGCCAACGAGUGAGUGUCGAGAUUCGAAGUUCUUCAUCAGCAGCAAGCGUUUCAUCCUUGAACUUCGAUUAUGAUGUCAAAGGGCCAUCGCAGGGCCCAAUGGUCAGCAUCCUGGAGCACAGGGCACAGCUUAAUGAACUGAAGAAUAAGGAGAAGGCUGCUCGGAUGACUUCUGAUACGUACUCGACUUCCAGCGGCGAUAUCAGAAAGCCACACCGAGCCAAAUUUUCCAGGCUCACCAUUCGGGAGUCCAGAGAGCUGUCUAAGCAAAUGAUCCCUGAGCCCACAGCCAAGCGCAAAACGCGUGCCUCGAAACUCUCCAACCCAAGAGGUAGAAGAGCACAAAGCGUUGGCAACAAGCUCAUGCUCGCGCUUCAUGUGGAUGAGGAGGUCUCUAAACCGGGACCAGUCAUCGAGGAUCCAGUCAUCGAGGAUCCAGUCAUCGAGGAUCAGGGUUUUAUCGUCAUUUCAUCUGAUUCAGUGGACUCGGAGAAGUCUACCCUAACGAACCGUUCUGAUGUGCCAGCGAAUGUAACAUCGAAAGUUGUGAACACUGAGCAUGAACGCCAUGGAGCUGCUCGAGUCGACGAGCAUAAGUAUCAAGCCAAGUCCUCCGAAGUCAGAUCAUCUUCCCCGGCUGUAGAUGACACGAAGGAGGCUGAAGCCAUCGACACGACAAGUGGAAUGGUGCCCUGGGGAAUUUUCUUGAGCUCUCUCGGGCACAGCGAUGCGUCAAGCAUUGAAAGCUCUCCUGGCGUAGAAAUUGGCAGAGGUCUGAUAAAUGAUGAGCCUUCCAUCCUUGACCACCACAUGGAGAUGGAACACCUGUCUGGGUUUGAAAGUCUGCGACCUAUCAUCUCUGAACCGGCCACGUCCUCGCAAGUCACGAAACGCUGCGAAAGCUGGCUAGACACCUCGUCAGGCAGCCACCCUACGGAAGAGGACGCUCACCUCCCAGCAAUAGCUACCAAGAAGUGUGAGUCCAACCAUACGCCCGAGUCACAGAAGCCUCUUUUGCGGGGCGAAACCGUAGUCACAAGUCACUCUGAAUCUCCACCAGAACCAAAGUCUGCCCCGAGAACCAGCAUCGUCGAUACCAACGGUAGUCCUCGACUUGUCCCCUUGUCAGCAAAAGAAAUGAUUCCCGGGGUUGAUUACGAUGGCGAAAAGUAUCACGACGUCAACCUCAACACAAGCCCAAGCCAGUAUGACCGAAGCUUGAGUUAUCAUUCCAGCGAAAGUGACAACGGAGGUCACACCUGGACCAAAUACCAGAGAGACAUCUUCCUGGCUUACGGGAUUAGAACCGAGGAAUUGGUCCGAUCUCACGCCUGGUCAUCGGCGAGGCACAGGCCUUCCUUCUCACAAGAGGUUGCCGAUGGCGCCGCCUCUGACCAAGCAUCGACAAUAAGCAAAACCAGCCCAUCUUCCCACCGAACCAUCGGACAAAGGGGAGUGGACGCGCGGCAAGAUCGACGGUUCGACAGAUCAAUUGGCACUGAUAUCUCGGGGUCAAGCCAGGCGGAUGUGAAAUCACACCGCUUCUCAGACGAGGAUCCAAUGGAAUGGAUCUCAACACUAAAAGUCGCACAAAAAGACGCACACAACUUACUGCAUCAGACUAACACUAACCUCUCUAUUCAACUGGACGCAGAGAAAGCCACGAUCACCCGUGUCUUGGAGAUUUACCGAGAAGGGUGUGGUCGGAUCCUCGAUGAUCUUUUCCAAGCCCAAGAGGCGCGCAUGGGGUUAUACAGACAACAGAUCCGACAAGUCAAAGAACAGCACGCGGAUAUCUGUCAGGAUCUCGUUCGUGGGUUGCAAGAGCUGGACCGUCGGGUGCAACAGGGGCCGAUUUAA